AUGCAUAUCACAUUCAUCCUCCAACUAUCUAUUCUAGGCCUCGCAAGCCUCACACUCGCCAUGCCACGCGCAUCAAAGCCCUCACAAGUCAAACCUCUCUCUUCCCGCAUGAUAAUCGACACACCCGCCAGCAUGAACACCCCUACACCCUCCGCCAGCUACAGCAGUAUACCGCUGGCCAGCCAGAUAGCGACAAUGAGCCCCGCGACUCAGGGAAACCUGGUCACGGCGGAAUCGGAGCUUCCGAACCAUGUCAAGCAUGUUAAUCACUGCUUGGAGCUGUGCUCGCUCGAGGCGCAGACUUGUAAUAUUGCGGUACCGAAUGACGAUCAGUUUUGUCGGGAUACGUAUGCAGGGUGCAUGGAGCGCUGUCAUCCGGAUGAUUUCCAGUAG